CGUCACUUGUCUCGGUCGAAUAAGCGGCCUGGAUCUGCACGCUUUCUGCAUCUGCCAGCUUGGCCGCCCCCUCUCCACCGGUGAUCGGCAUUUCUGCUGGGACCUGCAUGUGUUUGGAUUGCUGAUUCUGCCCAAUCUGCUUAUCGCUGCUCUUCACGGGGACUUCCGAUGUAACCUCAGCAUCGUGGAUGCUGGGGGUUGUGUGACCCGGGCGGGUUGGAGAUAGGGGGAUGCCGUGAGACGUGGUAUAUAAAGGGAGGGUUGGUGCCGGGGACUUGGGAAGGAAUUCAGACAGGAAAAAAAAAGCCUAUUCAGAGUCAUUGCAGUCCAGGAUAGCCCAGUCCAUCUGAGUCAGUCAAGAUGAUGUACACCAAGAUCCUCACCCUCACCACCCUCCUGCUCACCGGCGCCCUCGCCGCCCCUCAACCCGUGCCUCAGCCUCUCCCCCGCGCCUGCGACUACACCUGCGGCAGCAACUGCUACUCCUCCAGCGCCGUCAACUCGGCCAAGAACGCCGGCUACGAUCUGUACUCUGACGGCGAGACGGUCGGCAGCAACAACUACCCCCACCGCUACAACAACUACGAGGGCUUCGAUUUCCCCGUCUCCGGCACCUACCAGGAAUGGCCGAUCCUGAGCUCCGGCAGCAUCUACAGCGGUGGCUCGCCCGGUGCCGACCGCGUCGUGUUCAACACCCAGAACCAGCUGGCAGGUGUCAUUACGCAUACUGGUGCUAGUGGGAACAACUUUGUGGAGUGUGAUUCUUAGAUGGUGGGUUGAUAUGAAGGGGGGGUUGGGAAUAUGAAUGAAAAUGAAGAUUUAUUGGGUUGUUUGCAUUGGUGUGGCCCUGUACUAGGGUGAUUGUAGAUAUGAUGAAGUAUAUAUCGAGUAGUCUCAUAAACAUGACAUCAGAG